CUAACGGAGUUCCUCUAAACAACACGUGCCCAGUCAAAUCAGCAAUUUGCCGUUAGUAUGGAUUAGUCGCAUUUGCGGUGUAAGCAAUUGCAUAACAUUACAAUAACUUGCAAUUCACAAUUUACAUGGCACAAAUUAGCUGGGACUCCAAUUCGAAAUAACAACAACAACAUCAAUUAGAGAAAUUUCCCCGGAACCAUUGAAACAAUCACAGGCAUUUAGCUCGCUUCAAAUGGACUGUGAGAGAGAGUAACGGAUUCGACUCUCGCCAAUUAAGCCUCGCUCCAAAUUGGCGGACAAUUAAAGCCUCUGCUAUUUUCGUCAUUCCAUCGACGAAUUUGUUCCAUUGUUACAAGCGUCCUCCCCCCUUCGGAUGAAACAUUUGCGGCACAAUCUAAUCUCAACAUCGGGCAUAUUGAUCAUAAAUUAAUUUAAAAAUCCCAUUAUUUAUUUAACUCUCUAAUUCGACUAUGGCUGGAGCCAACAAUGUUGGCCACCACUCCGGUGCAGUAUACUCGGUGCUCUCAACGCCAAACCACGCCGGAGCGGAACCCCUUGAUUUCGACAGAUGCGCCAGAGACGAGCCCAGCGAGCUAAGUCCAAUCUUCAACUGGCGCACCAUUAGCAAGAAAAUGGAGCAUAAGACCAUCGAUGUCUUUAAGAACCGCAAUCUGCUUGUCGAUCUGCUGGCUAUAUUCUUUGGCAUCGGGACAUGGCUGGGCGUCAAUGGCACCUUUAUACAGCUGCCGCUGCUGGUGAAUGAGGCGCCCGAAGGCUGGAGUCUGCCAUCCUAUCUGAGCGUCAUGGUGCAGAUUGGUAAUUUGGGACCACUGCUGUACACCGUCUACCAGAAGUAUUCGCCAUGGAAGCUCAACGAUGGCUUGACCAUACACGCCGUCCUGGCAAUCGGCACCUUAUCCUGCCUGCUCACCGCAUUCGUCUACAACCAGACAGCCUCGCUGGCUGGCAAUGAGCACAGCGUUGCCCUCUUUGUACUCACAAUCUUUACGGCGCUGAAUGCGUGCACCAGUUCCGUGCUCUUCAUGCCGUACAUGGGUCGCUUCAAGGAGCAAUAUAUGGUCAUGUACUUCAUCGGCGAGGGCCUGAGCGGUCUGCUGCCCAGUGUAACGGCUCUGGUGCAGGGCAUCGGCGACACCGGUCGCUGUGUCCUGGUGAAUGUCACCGAAUCUGGAGAGGAAAUCUAUCAGAAGGAAACACAGCCGCCAUUGUUCGACACGAAGCUAUUCUUUCUGAUAUUAUUCGGUCUGAUGGUGCUCAGCUACAUUGGCUACACGCUGCUGAAUGCCCUGCCCGUGGCGCGACGGGAAUAUGCCGAUGUCACCGUUAGCAAGGGUAACAAAUACGAGUACAGCCAGGAUGGCAAUCAGCAGCUGAGCCGGGGCCAAUAUGCCGCACUGCUGGUGCUAAUUGGCAGCAUCUCGCUGUUUAGUAACGGCAUGUUCCCCAGCAUACAAUCCUAUUCGAGUGCGCCGUAUGGAACGCGUGCCUAUCACUUGGCCGCAACGCUCAGUGUUAUUGCCAAUCCGGUGGCCUGUUUUAUGGCCAUGUUCCUGCAUUUCACAUCGCUGCGCAUCAUCUAUCUGCUCUCGUCGCUGGCAGCGCUGCUCACCAGCUAUGUAUUUACUACGGCCGUAUUGAGUCCUUACCCGCCGCUGUACGAUGAAACCAUUGGCGUGGUGUUGGUGGUUACGGCGUGGACUUUGCUCAUCGGCGUUGUGAGUUACACAAAGCUGGGCAUUACGACUGUGAUGCGCUCCCAGGGCGGCCAAUCUUUGGUCUGGGUGGGCGGCAUAACGCAGCUGGGCUCGGCCAUUGGAGCUAUCUCUAUAUUCUUCGCCAUUAACUAUACACGCUUCUUUCAGGCCGCCGAAUCGCUGUGCUGAUCCAGCGCCAUUUUAUAUUCACACCUUGAUCAUUUUUGUGUAGGUAGAUAUUUUAACUUUUACAAAAAUAGAAAAAUUAAUACAAA